CGGCCCCUUCCUUCCUUCCCGGCCGGCCCCCGUGGCUUCCCCCCGGCUGGAAGAUGGCGCAGCUCUCCGGGCGGCUCCUGGUCGAGCUGGCCCUGAGCGCGGCCGCCUUCCUCUGCGGCAUCAUCUGCGCCUCGGCCCUCACCGUCACCCAGGGGGAGUUUGGGGGCCACUGCAUCCUGUACAGUUCAGUCCUCUACAAUGGGACGCUCUGGCUCAGCAGCUCCAGCCCCGUCUCCCUUUGCUACUUCGUCUCGGCCGUCUCCGUCCUCACCUCCGCCGUAUCUUUCGGCAUCCUGAUCCAUGGCAUCUACAACUGCUGCUUUGGUGACGGGCAGCCGGACCACACGUGGGUCAAGGGCUCCUUGGCUCUCACAGCCAUCAUCCUCUUCUUCCUCAUGGUCUCCGGCUGCAUCCUUCGGGUUGGUAUGGAUACGCUCUGCAACUCCAUCCAGAAAGCGGCGGCCGCAACCAGCUGCCAAGAGGCUCAGCACCGCCCCUGGGUCCAGCCUUAUCACGCUGAAAGAUUUUAUGACAAUCUCUACACUGCAGAAGCCGCCGCUUGGGUGAAUUUCUUCUUCUGGUGCCUGAUGGCCGUGCUGCUUUUCCUGGAGUAUUUCAACAGAGCCCCGGGCCGGCCCUUCCCGGGCAGCGGCCUCACGUGGAACGAGGAGACGGCGCCCAUCUUUGGAGAGGGGCCACCCAAGCCCUAAGGAGAUGGUGCAGGAGGAAGAACGUGCAUGAUCCACAAGGGGGUCACGAUCUUCAAAACAGCUGCCUCGCUCCAUCUUGGUCUUUUCAGAGGCACCCGAUGUUUCGUCCAACAUGGCAGCCGCACAGAUGACUGCGUAUUUCCUCCCUUUAACGUCCCUCCUUUCGCUGAAAUGAUGCAUUUCUCCAAGAGGGCCACACGGUGCCAAGCAAAGAUGAUGCGAAGGGAGGAUGAGAUGAUGGCUCUUCCCCAGGGGGAUUAACUCUCUUGUGUCCUCAGGAAAUCCACCUUUGCUAGUUCUAAGCCCUAUUUAGCCCUACAAACUUUGCAAAAAAA